AUGGCAGCGCCGUUGGCCUCGAGACUGGCAUGGCGCCAGCAAGUGCCAUCUCGAUGGGUCUGUGAUCGCUGUCGUACAUUCAGCAUGUCGGCGUUGGUCUCGUCAGGACACAGCCGGUGGUCAACUAUCAAGCAUGACAAGGCCAAAAACGACAAGGCUAAGAGCAGGGAGCGAGGGCUUUUGUCGCAGGAGAUUAUCACGGCGUCACAGCUAUGGGGACCUGAUCCGAAAGACAACCCUCGUCUACAGUUAGCAAUCGCAAAAGCCAAGCAAGCGCAAACACCCAAGGCGAUAAUUGAGACAGCAAUUGCCCGUGGGCAGGGAGUCAGUGCCUCGGGACAAGCUCUUGAAACUAUCACAAUUGAAGCUAUGCUGCCCGGAACAGUUGCGGCGGUAAUCGAGUGUAUGAGUGAAAACAAGGCGCGAGUCCUACAAGACGUGCGCAGUGUGAUCAAGGAGAAGGGUGGCACAGUAACACCGACAACUUAUCUAUUCGAUAAGAAAGGCCGAAUUAUAUUUGAAAAGAAGGAUGGCAUGAACCCGGAUGAUUACUUGGACCAGGCUAUCGAAGCUGGUGCCACAGACUUGGACACGGAUACUGAAGGCAGACUCGUCGUAUAUACUGAACCGCCGGAGACCAAGUCUGUUGGAGAGGUUCUUUCUAAAGCUACAGGGCUCGCGAUCGAGCAAUCACAGAUUAUCUGGGACCCAAACAGAGACACCAUGGUUAAAGUUGAGAAUGAAGAACUCAACGACCUCGAAGACGCCGUCAAUGCACUCAGAGAGGAGUCUAGUGUUCAUGAUAUAUAUCUCAACACAGAACUAUGA